AUGGGAUGGCUCUCAACACUCUUCUUUCAUGUCUUUCCAUGUUUGAAACCCAAAGAUGUCCGGAAGACCCCACUACCUCCAAUUUACUUAUAUGACGAGAAAAAGAACAAAAAGUUUCCGGGCAACAAAGUCUCGACGACGAAGUACUCGAUCUUUUCUUUCAUCUUUGUCUUCUUAUAUAAUCAAUUCAAACAUGUCACAAACAUCUAUUUCUUACUCGUCGCCAUCAUCUCUUUGAUCCCACAAAUCUCCGCUACUAAUCCUGUUACAAAUGUUUUCCCUUUGAUCUUUGUCCUCUGCAUUUCUGCUAUUAAAGAGAUCAUAGAAGACAUCCGACGGUGGCUUGCUGACAGAGGAUUUAAUAAUCAGAAGUACACAGCGAUUAACUUAAACGAUGGCAGCACUCUUGAAACAACGUCCGCUAAAGUAAGAACCGGCACUUUGGUCGAACUCCAUACCAAUGAUAGAAUACCGGCAGACUGUAUUCCACUCUCUUCAACAAAUGAAGACGGCGUUGUCUUUGUACAAACAGCAGCACUCGACGGAGAGACAAAUUUAAAGGAAGUCUUUGUACCAAAAGAGAUUGUGGGAAAAGACCCAAUUCAAUUGAGAGGAACACUUUAUUGUAAUCCUCCAAGCGAAUACUUUAAUGAAUAUAACGCGACGUUCCACUUGGAUCUGGACGGACAAAACAAAGAUGUUCCCGUUGGAAGUAACAACUUGUUGAUUGGCGGGUCUGUCGUGAAAGAUACAGAGAAGGCGAUUGCCCUUGUUGUGCACUGUGGUAUUCACACCAAACUCGCAUUAAAUCAGCCCAAAUUACGGACGAAAUUUGCACACACUGAUUCGCGAAUGAAUCAAUUUGUCUUUGGGAUCUUUGUCUUUAAAAUAAUAAUAGUCGCGAUUGCUGCCGGGUUGAGUGGAUGGUAUGUCAAUUACGUUGGAAGGGACUCGUGGUAUUUGGACCUGAAAACAGUGAACAUCGGGACGUACGUUGUGAAGACCUUUUUCAGGUAUUUUGGGUUGAUGUCAUACUUAAUUCCCAUCUCGUGUGCCGUAUCUCUUGAAGUUGCCAAAUUCAUUCAAACGAUGUUCAUGGAGAGCGACACUGAUUUCCAUGUGUAUACUCUUGACGAUGAAGGGAAGAUCGUUGUGAAUACCAUGCAAGCGAAAACAUCAAUUUUGAAUGAUGAGUUGUCACUUGUCGAGUAUGUCUUGUCUGAUAAAACAGGGACUUUAACAGAAAAUAUGAUGCGCUUCAAAAAGGCAUCGGUUGAUGGCGAAUUGAUCGACGGGAAAGAUCUGAUGACUAAAUACAAAGCCCAUUACACCGUCGAGAACCCAAAAAUGUUUGAAGACUUGAUUCAAAACAUAUUAAAUGGCCACGUGGAGACGGACACCAAAAUCGCGAUGAGAGAAAAUGUCGAUGUGAAGCAUGCAACACAAAUCGAAGAUUAUUUGUUGGCACUUGCGUUGUGUAAUGAGGCAAGACCAAAAAUAGAAGGUGACAAGAUGAUGUAUCAGUCACAAUCCCCAGACGAAAUUGCUUUGUGUGAUCAUGCCUUGGAGUGCGGGGUAGUCUUUUUCAAGAGAACACAAACAACAAUGACCGUCUCGUUAUUUGGAAAAAUACUCGAGUACAAAAUCCUCGACGUGUUCUCAUUCAACUCGGACCGGAAGAGACAAAGUGUUGUCUUGGAAACGCCUUCCGGAGAAAUCGUGUUGUACACUAAAGGAGCGGAUUCGAUAAUUGCUGCUCGGAUGGAUAAAGAAGACAAUUUCGUUCCAACAACAGACCACCUCAAUUCAUGCAGUGAAGUUGGUUUGCGUACGUUGUUAGUCACCAAAAAGGUGUUAGAAAAGGAGAAGUACGACGAGUGGAAAGCGCGGUAUGUGACUGCUGAAAACACGUUAGAGAACCGUGAAGAGAAGGUUUCUGUCUUACAAGACGAGUUAGAGACCAAUCUUAAGCUCGUUGGGAUGACAGCGAUAGAGGACAAAUUACAAGACGGCGUUCCAGAAACGAUUGAGUUCUUGAUACGUGGUGGUAUUAAAGUCUGGAUGAUUACUGGAGAUAAAGUUGAAACAGCUAUUAAUAUCGGACUUUCAUGCAAUUUGGUCACGCAAGACACUGAACUCUUCAAAAUACGGAAUGCGGGCGAUGAGGUUGAGAACAAAGAGGAAUUUAUAUUAAAUCGGUUAGAAGAAGUAUAUAAAGAGAUUAAUGAGAAGAAAGAAGCGUGGAAGAUUGAGAACACGACUAAAAAGAUUGGGUGUGUCUUUGAAGCUGGUGCGUUGCACAUAAUGAUGGAGCAUGCGCUUCCGUUAUUUUCGAAAGUUGCCAUUUCCAGUGAUGUCGUGAUAUGCAGUCGUGUGACACCCAAACAAAAGGCGAUGAUUGCGCAAACUGUGAAGAGAGCUACCAAAAAAGUUGUGUUAACCAUUGGUGAUGGUGCCAAUGACGUUGCCAUGAUCAAUGAAGGAGAUAUUGGUGUUGGGUUGUUUGGCAAAGAAGGGACACAAGCUGCCCGAGCGAGUGAUUAUGCUCUUCGUAAAUUCCGACAUGUCGCGAAGUUGAUUAUGUUUCAUGGUCGGCAGAGUCUCUUACGGAAUGUGACGCUCAUUAAAAUGUGUUUCUACAAGAACUCGUCGUUCUUUUUAAUUCUUUUCUGGUACUCGUUCUUCUCGGGGUAUUCCGGGAUGUCAAUGUACGACGAUUACACAAUGACUUUCUUCAACAUCUUUAUCACUUCACUUCCCCCCAUUUUCGUCGCGUGUACUGACAGGGAUCUUCCUUAUCAAGUGAUCAAAGACAACCCAGAAGUACACAGAAGAAUAUUAUUAGGAAGUCGAAUGUCCAUUUGGAGUUUCUUAGAUUGGUUACAACAAGGGAUAUGGCAGAGUUUAGUCAUCGUCUUUGAAUAUCACUUCAUUAUAGGGCAAACAGACAUUUUUGCAAAGAAUGGGAUCCCUGGGGGAUGGGCUGUCGUUUCAAUGUACAUCACCUUCUCAGGCUUUUUCAUGGUCUUUUUCACCUUAAUGACACAAGUCAAAACGUGGAACUGGUGGACCGUGUUCUCCUUUGUCAUUUCAUUCCUCCUUUUUAUCCUCUUCGUGCUCCUCAUCGCUUACUUCCCAGGUCUUUCAAAUCGAGACCUCUCACGUUUCGUGUUCUCCGCUGUCCUCGCUCAACCUUAUUUCUAUUUCCUCACGUUCUUCUCGUCUGUCGUCGGAGUCGCUCCAAACAUCAUCAGACUGAUGUGCAUGCGGUACUUCGCUCCAAACUACUACAUGAUUCUCCAGGAAAUUUACAACAAAAAGCGGUUCGAAGGCUAUGGCAAAGACCGAAAAAUCGUUAUUGAAGGAACGGAAGAGGCCCACGAGUACUACAGCGAACUCUCCAAGUCAAGGCCUCUCUUCAACAAAUUACCACAGGUCCCAAAAGAACUCGCAGUCAUCGACGAACAACACGACAAUUAA